AUGCGUUUCAUCACUCUUGCCUACCUUGCCCCCUGCGCCAUCGCCGCCGGAGCCGGCAUCGUCGAGCGAGAUGCUUCCGUCAUCAAGUCGGCCAUCGAGGAGAUCGGAGCCAAGAUGAACGCCUACGACACGGCCAUCGACAACUACACCGGCGGCAACACCUCGGCCAUCAUCGCCACCGUCGAGGAUCUGGACGUGACGCUCGAGGAGGCCGUCAAGAAGGUGGUCGCCAGCAAUGUCCUGACCCAGGAAGAGGCCCUCUCCCUCAAGGGCAUAUUCACGCCCGUCUACACCAAGGGCAAGGAGAUCGAGGGCGAGCUCCUCACCGACAGGGCCAAGAUCGCCGCCAUGGGCCGAUGCAAGCAAGUCCUCCAGCGCGUCACCGACCUGCACACCAACAUGGUCGCCUUGGGCAAGGCCAUCAUCAGCAAGCUCCCGGCCGAGGACCAAGCAGCGGCCCAGGCGGCCGCCGCUAGCCAGACGCCCCUCUUCGAGAAGUCCAUGGACGACUUCUCCGCCGCCAACUGCGUCGACCAGAUUGCUUCCACCUCGACCUAUGCGAGCAACGGCACCGCCAGCGCCACCCAAACGACGGCCGCCAGCACCCACCACGCUUCCACCGUCGUCGCCGCCGGCUCCGCCCUCGUCGCACCGGUCGGCGCUCUCGCCGUCGCCAUCUUUGCCAUGCUGCUGUAA